UCAGUCAGUCACACCUCCGCACUCCAGCGAGCGGAUGCGUUCUGCCUCUCCUCUCGUACGCGCGCACUUCCCUCCCUUCGCUCACCAGCCUCGGGCGUUAUCAGGGGCAGGUGCCGGAGGAUUUCGCCCCUGUGUUCGGCCUAGUUGAAGGCCAAGCCGCGGUACCCGUGGGCGUCUGAGUUCGGGCCUCUCCAGUGCAGCGGCUUGUAACUUCUAACGGAGCCUUUUCUGGAGUUUGGAGGCUAACCUCGGGUCUUCAAAGGCGGCAGCCAGCAUCCGCCCGUUGACGACCGAGACUCACAAGAAAGUCGACUUCCCCUCCUCAGUGCUGGGGGGGUUAGACCUGUCUGGACAGAAUGACGGUCUUCACGAUCGGCAGCGAGAAGGACCAGAACCUUACCGCCACGCCGCAGAGACUGAGCGGAAGUCCGGCGAGCUGAGCGGGCCUGAGAGAGCCAAGAGGUUACGUGAAGCGCAUGUGAGACUCACUGCCGGAGAACUGCAGACUGUACAUACCUACCGUGUAUGAGAGACGUUUAAAGACUCUGAAAACAGAGACAUCACAGGUCAAGUGUAACAAGCUGAAGGGCCCACUGAAAUCUCCAGGAAUGGAAUUACCACAAGGCAGGGCUGCAAAUCACCCGCUAUGAAAGCUACCACCCGUAACACGGAAUUACAGCUCACACGGAGUGACUACCGGUUUUGAGUGCCUCGUGAACCCUGCGUCUCUUUUGAUCAACAAGUCUCAGAAAAGCUGUCCCUCAGACUUUUUCCAAAUAAUCACAAACACCUAGAGGAGCGAGAUUACCGGUAGCAACCAUGGACGGCCUAGCAGAGAUGUCGGUGAAGUGUGUCCUGGUCGGGGACAGCGCGGUCGGCAAGACGGCUCUGCUGGUCCGCUUCACCUCAGAGACCUUCCCCGACACCUAUAAGCCCACAGUGUUUGAGAACACAGGCGUGGAGGUGUACAUGGACGGGGUUCAGAUCAGCCUGGGGCUGUGGGACACGGCGGGUAAUGACAACUUUAGACAAAUCCGACCGAGAUCGUACCACCAGGCCGACAUCGUCCUCAUCUGCUACUCUGUGGCCAACCCCAACUCGCUGGCCAACAUCCAGCACAAGUGGAUCGCUGAGGUGCGAGAGAACCUGCCCAAGGUGCCGGUGGUGGUUGUGGCCACCCAGACGGACCUGCGGGAGUCGGGGUCGUAUCGUGGCAGCUGCAUCUCAGCAGCGGACGGGAGACGUGUGGCUCACGAGGUCCGCGCUAAAGGCUACCUGGAGUGCUCCUCCUUAAGCAACCGAGGCGUGCAACAGGUGUUUGAGUGCGCAGUGCGAUUGGCUGUUAACCAGGCCAGGAAGCAGGCCAGGAGACGCAUGUUCAGUAUAAACCAGUGCAAAGUCUUUUGACCUUUGACAUUGACUUGGUGGCUUGGCUUGAACUGUCAUGGAAUGACUUGUCCAAUAGGGCAUAUUAGUGUGCUGUUCAAAACUCAGUGAGGGUUUGUGCAAGAACCCAAAGUUGGAUUUAUUUUAUAUAUGUAGGGUUCUUUUUCACUAACCAUAUUUAAAAAUGAGAAUACACUGAUUUAAUCAUACACCUAAUGGACCCUAAUUCAAACAUACCGAUGGAAGUUGUAGUCCUGUUUACGACGUAAAGAAAAAAGUUUAUCUUUGAUUCUCCUGAUCUGUGUUGUAAGUGAACCACAGCAAAUUACAUGGAGGUAUUUCAAAUGGGGCAUGACAGGAUUUUCGCAAGACUUUUACCUAAAUUAAAGCAUUUAAAGCUUGAAUGGCGUUUAUGUACAGCAUGUAGUUUCUCUAAUUAUUUUACUAAUAACUAAUGCAGAAAGGAAAGUAUAUUGAUCGGUAAGUUAGGGGCUGCAUUAGCAAGUGAACUUUUGAACUGCAGCAUAAACCAAGUAAGUGCCUUUGCUACCACAAAUAAAAUGACGCACAGCCAAGUAAAAAAUCAAAUGAGGAAAACUCUAGUGUUAAUGCUCCUUGAACUUUUUAUUGAGCUGAAAUCGGUAUAUAGUGGUGUGACGUGCUGCCACUUGUCAGCAAUGAUUUCAACUAUUAAGAAUAAGACAAUGUGAGUGUCACCUCAGAGAGUCCAAACGGACAGUUUUGUAUUAUCGGGCUCCACAUACAGCGUCUUCUCUAUAUUUUCUUUUUAGAUUAGACAUGACCAGGAAAUAAACUGUCAAUAUGUCAAAGAGAAGACAAAAAUGCCUACGUAGGCUAUAUGAUUCUCUAAGUUAUAUAAUUUUUUUUUAAAGAUACAUGUCUGUAGUUGUAUUGUUUGACUCUCAAAACAUAUCAUAUCAGUCAUCACAAAAAUGUAAAUUAUCUUGACACAUUUGUAUUGAAAAUGUGAAAAUGAAACAAAAAAAAAAAAUCUAAAGUUAUAAUUGAGAUAUGUGUUUUAUGUUGUUAAAGGAACCGAAUUUUUUUGAAUAAUGUUUUAAAAUAAAAUAAAGUAGCAUGAAACAUCAACAUCUGAAAUACUGACACAUCACAUUGAAAACAUGUUACAUAUUGGUGGCUGCCGAUGACUUUUUAUGCGUUGUAAUAUUUUUAUCUAAUUGUACCCCUAAGACAUGACCUGUUACCUUUGUCUCUUGCAAACUGUUGCUGUUGUUAUCUUUUACUGUAAUAACUCAUUUUUAUGUCACAAAUUAGCACUAAGGAUGCACCCGAUUUUACCGUUAGCGAACGACUGAAUAUACGAGGGAGGUAAAACGUCUUUAACUGGGAAGUUCAAGUAAUAAUCUACAAGUUUUUGAAAUGUAUGGAGUCCUUUUCCCCAUUAAUGGCUGUGUUAUCUCUCCUUGGUAUCCCCUUUUCCCUAAUCUGUAUUGUCUUAUACUUUUAUGGCCACUUUGAAACAGAUGAUAUUAUACUAUAUGUCUGAUGUAUAUACUUAAUAUAAUGCAAAUUUGAUCACAGACAUGUAAUAUACAAAACAUAGACAGUAUGAGGUAUUAAGCCCCCAUUUUGCCAAACAUAUAGUAUGAAAUCUGUAUUAGAAAACACAUCAUAUCAUAUAAUUAUAUACAAAUAAGUUAAAUUGUGGCUGUGGCUGCAGGACAAGUGUCACGUCACUGACUAUGACUAGAUUGGU